AUGUACGACGAAGAGGUUGAGAUGAAGAGCGGCAGCGCUGUUCGAUCAGCACCGGCCGAAGUCAAUGCGCAUGGAAAUGCCAGUGCCGAUUACCGCCAGAGACAACAAUUGGAGAGAUACCUGAAUUUCUUUUCAUCCCUGGCAUUUUCUGCCACACUACUUGCUUCCUGGGAAGCAACUGGAGGAAGUUUGCUGGCUGGUCUCGCCAACGGAGGUCCUGCGGUCAUUGUAUACGGCAUCAUCAUCAGUGCCGUCGGCAAUCUGGCUAUUGCGAGCUCUCUGGCUGAGCUAGCUUCAGUGCAUCCGACUGCGGGAGCACAAUACCACUGGAGUUAUGUUCUUGCGCCGUGCUACCCUCGUUUUCUCAGCUUCUUCCAAGGAUGGGUUACCGUCUUCUCUUGGGCUGCUCUAGUCUGUAUUUCACCUUACUUCAUCGGCACCGAAAUUGAAGGCAUGGUUGUUCUCGGUCAUCCGGAAUAUGAAGCCAAACGAUGGCAUGGAACUUUGCUGAUGUGGGCUGUUGUCCUCAUUCCGAUCGUUAUCAACGUCUUCGCUCGUCGCGUUCUUGCCGUAAUCGAAGUCGUAGCUGGCAUCAUGCAUGUUGUCUUUCUGCCGGUGACCAUUGCAACUUUUGUCAUCCUUGCCCCUCGCAAUCCCGAUGCUUUUGUCUGGGAUACAUUUGUCAGUGGCCUCAGUGGCUGGCAGAAUCCGGGCGUGGUCUUUUCCGUCGGACUCCUAGGGGUCCUGACACCUCUGAGUGGAGUUGACGGCGUAAUCCACAUGUCGGAAGAGGUCAAGAACGCGAAAAAGGUCAUCCCGCGCUCCAUGAUCUGGGGCACGCUCAUCAACGCCAUCAUGGCCUUCGGCUACGCCAUCGCCACCCUGUACUGCAUGGGCAGCUAUGAAGAAGCCCUCCUCAGCCCCACCGGCUACCCGAUCAUCCAAAUCGCCUACCAAGCCACAGGCUCCAAGACCGCCACCUACAUCCUCAUGGCGAUGGGCAUGCUGCCCGGGUGGAUCGCGCUGUUCAACGGCCUCGCCUCCGUCACGCGUCUCACCUGGGCCUUUGCGCGAGACAACGGGCUCCCGUUCUCUGACUUCUUCGUGAAAGUCGACCCGCGGUACAAGAUCCCCAUCCGGGCGCUGUUCCUCGUCGCGUCGUGCGUGAUCGCCCUGUCUUUCAUCCAGAUUGGCUCCACAGCCGCGUUCAACGCCAUUUUGUCGCUAAGCACCAUGGGUUUGUACAUCUCUUACCUCCUUCCGUUGAUUUUCCUGGUCAUCAAACGGUUCACUGCUCCUGGCGAGAUCCCGCAGGGGUCGUUUACAAUGGGCAAGUGGGGGCUGCCGGUGAAUCUGGUGGCGAUUCUGUUCGCGACGUAUUUUGUCAUCUUCUUGCCGUUCCCGGCUGAGAUACCUGUGACAGCGGAGAAUAUGAACUAUGCAGGCCCGGUGUUGGGCUUUGUCAUGCUCUUUGCGUGUGGUGACUGGGUGGUUCGCGGACGGCACAAGUGGAAUGGUCCGACGAUGAAGUACUCUCGGGAGUGA